ACCUUUUCUGAAGAAAGUUGGGGAAAACUGGCAAUGUUUUGAUUUUUAUUUAUUCAACUGUGUGCUUGAGUUAAAAUAUUUGUUAUAAGUGUUAAUCAAAUGAUAAAAUAAGAAAUUGAAUUGACAAGCAACAUUUGAUGCUAUUAACUUGAAUAUUAAGUAAAAUGGCUUCCAGUAUUUAAUCACUGUUGUAUGGAUCACUUUUAUUAAUCCAAUUCUAUGGAUUCUUCAAAAAUUACAAUGAAUACUGAUAGCUCUAGUAAACAGCCGAAUGGUGAUCUUUCAAAGAAAGACACAGAAAAAGUUGUAUCUUUUUCUCCACGUCCUCAAAGGGUGUUGAGACUUAACAGGCGAGGUUUUAUCCUAUCCAGUCAAGAAAAACAUCAUGACAAAGUUUCAUCAGAAAAAAAUCCCACAAUAAAUUUGAAGAACAAUCAGCAUAAAGACUCUAGUGCUGUUCAGGGUGCAGCUAAUGGUGGCCAAAAAUUAAUAUCACCUGUUUCUUCUGAAAAGAAAAUAAUCAAGUUGAAUUGUUCAUCAAAGUAUUCACCUGCAGAAUCUGUAAAUAAUUUAAAAAGGACCUCCAGUGAAUCUGAUUCAAAUUCUGUGAAUAAGAAUGCUCAGGAGGUUCAACCAAAAAAGAAGCACAAAGUGAUAACAUGGCCUUGACAAAUACUGCUAAUGUGAAAUUGUACAUAAACUGUUACCUGAACAACUUUAGCACAGAUCUGUUUCUGUGAAAAUCUUCACUCUUCAUCAAGUCUGGAGCAACAAAUUGUCAUUUUAUAUAGUAUGUAUUCACAGAAAUAAAUGCUUCCAAUAAAUAUAUUUUAAUCAUUUA